AAAAAAUAAACUUUGGCUUAUACAACUAUUUUAUCAGUUGAAAGUUUGCGUGAAAAAAUUUUAUAAUUGCUUAUGAUUAUAGAAAAUGCGAAUUGGAUAUUUUGAUUAUUGGCUUAAAAAUAAAUUAUAGAAUAAACUCAUUUUAUUAAUUAGACUUUUAUAUAAAAUCACAUUAUAUUCAAUGUUCUUUAGAUCAUUUGAAUAUUUAUAACCUUUAAAUUAGAUCAAAUGACUAUUAGAGCAUUUGCAUAAACGGGGAUAAACAGGCGUCUCUGAAUUUCAAAAAUAUAAAAAGUUUAUAAAUAUUCUAACCAAAUCAUUCUGGAGGAUUAUUUAAAGAAAUAAAACUGAAAGUGACUUAGAAACUAUAUAAAGAAAGGACUCAUAUGUAACAAUCGUGUUCACGAACGACUUUCGCAAAUCUAUUGGGCGUUGAACUUCAUGCUGGUAGAAUAGUGGAGUAGCGUGUAAUAGAUUUGACCAAUCAGAAUAAGUGUUCAAAAAAUCCAGUCAUCUGAUUGGUCAAAACUGUUUCACUAUUCUACCACCAUGGGGAUGGGACUUAUCUUAUGUUCACUUUCAGUAAAAAAGGUAAAAACUAAACGGAGGUAAAACGUCGUGUCUCGUGUUUCUGCAUCAAAACAAAAUCAGAAAAUAAAAAAAGAGAACAAGGAGGAAGAAGGCAACUUAAAGGAAAAGAAGCGAACUGCGAAGAAAAUAUUAUACGCCAAUUGUACCGAAGCUCCUGGAUGAAAACUAAUUUUGUUGGUUGAAAUUAUAUUAUUCGAAACUCUUUCUCUUUAAUUGGAGAAAUAAGUGGAUUUGGAAAAGUGUAAAAAGCAGAAAUUUGGAAAAAGUACCAUUAAUAGAUCGUCGCAGUAAUACCAUUGUGUGGAACUGUAGUUAUUUAACAUUUAUAUUUCAUAUCGGUAUUUUUCUUUUACCUUUUAAAAAAAUGAGUAACGAGCAAGAGAAUACCAAUUCAAUAACUUCGAUUGAAAAAAAUAACACAGAAACUAGCCUGGACAUCCGAUCUAAUGUACGCCCGGCUAAAGAGAUUGCUGAAAACUCUGGGAAUGAGUCAACGAAAAUUUGUCAACAGAUGACACAAUUUUGUGCAAUUCAAUUUGCCGAUAGUUUAAUACCAACAUUUGAUGGCACAUCAUCGGUGUUUUGCUUUAUUGAUGACAUAAACACUGUUACGGAGAGUAUCAAGUCCUUUUGCGAUGAACGGUUGAUAAUAGCAAUUAUCAUUAAAAAAUUAAGUGAUGAACUGAAGGAAUUCGCCUAUCGCAAACAAUUUAAGAGCAUUAACGAUUUAACCGAUUAUUUAAAGCAUCGAUGUGCUCCUAAAAAAUCAGUUAAUUAUUAUAUAGAUGAAAUUUAUAACUUACGAAUAAACUCGAACGAAACACUAAAUGAAUUUCAUGACAGAUUGGAAAUUUUUAUUAGUAAAACGCGAGCUGCUUGGAAAUAUCAAAAUAAUAGUGAUAUUGAAAAAGGAUUAAUGUCAUAUGUGCAGCAUGUGGCAAUUAAAUCAUUUAUUAGGGCUCUACCGUACAAUUGGGGAGAAUUAGUAUUUGCAAAAAAGCCAAAAGAUUUGUUAGAUGCAUUUUCGUAUUUCUGUUGGAUUGAGAUUGUUAGCUAAACAAUUUCUUUUCUAAGAAUUAACAUGAAUUCAUUUACUAUUAUUUAAAUUAUAUUCUGUUGAAAUUAUAUUAAAGACUGUUUGUGUUAUGUAUAAGAUCGAAAUUUUAAUGACAAAAUAUUUGAUAUUAUAUUCUUUCAUUUUUGAACUGAAUCUAAAAAAGUCCUGUUAUAAACUUUGCUCUUUAAAAUAUGCUUCAUAUGUCAGCAAAAAAUUCUCGCCUGCAUUGUCAAUAUCAUUUUAUUACAGACUUUAGUUUGUUUAACAGUUUUUUUUUACUUCUAUACAAUAUAUUCAAAUUAUUUAUCAUAACAACAUGUACCCAUUUUUCUCAAAAUAAAAUUUUUUAUUUAUAAAUUCUGAUUAUAAAAACUUGAUGUUAU